AUGGGAAAGCCUGGGGCAGGGAAGUCGACGCUACUCAAUUACGCUCUUGAGAAAGCUCGUGAGAAAGCUCGUGAGAAAGCUCUUGAGAAAGCUCUUGAGAAAGCUCUUGAGAAAGCUCUUGAGAAAGCUCUUGAGAAAGCUCUUGAGGAAGCGCCUCACAGCAACGAUGUCAUAGCUUCCUUCUUCUUCUUCGGUCGAGGUAGUGACCUUCAAAAGAGCUCAUAUGGCCUGUUCCGCUCGCUUUUGCAGCAGCUUCUAAAUCAAGACCCCGACAUGCUGUCCGCUUUCAUUCCGAUACAUAAAGAGAGAUGUAAAAAGGAGAGAUCAGACCAUGAAUGGGCAGAGAAAGAGCUACGAAAAUUCCUGGAAAUUUGGAUUCCCAAUCCCUCCAGAAAUCGCUCGAUCCGGAUUUACGUCGAUGCGCUCGACGAAGCCGGUCAAGACGUUGCUGCAGAGUUGGUGAAAUACUUCAAGAAGCUAACUGAACUGCCGUCUUCCACCGGAGCCAAUUUCCAAAUAUGCUUUUCUUGUCGGCAUUACCCCGUUGUGGUACCGAAGGAUGCUCUGAAAAUCAGCAUUGAAGACGAAAACAAGGAAGAUAUAGCAACCUAUGCCCACGAAAAUCUGAAGGAUCACUUUUCGGACACAGACAAGGCGGAGCUUGAGAGAGAGAUCAAGGGGAAAGCCUUAGGUAUUGUUCAAUGGGUUAUUCUUGUUAUCCCAAUCAUCAUCAAAUCGCAACAGGAUGGUGAAAACGUAAGAAAAAUCCGCCAAGAGAUCGAGAAGAUACCGCGCGAGUUGAGUGAUCUUUACGAACAUAUUCUGUCUCUGAUCAAAGACCAAAAGCAAAAGAGAGCAGUGCAACUGAUGCAAUGGGUAUGCUUCGCUGAGAAAGGCCUCUAUCGUUACAAGCCCCGAAAUUUUUCGAAGAUCACGCAGGAUCAGCUCGCAUCGAUUCUCAGGACUCUACGUGCUUCCUACGUUAGGGGAACUGACGGCGAGCCUCUUGUCGACCUGGUCUCGAAGUUGCUCAUAUGGAGGCCUCAGGAUCGGUGGUCGGCCGAACAGGCUCUGGAGCAUAACUGCUGGCUUCCAAUAGCGCUAGAGCAGGACCGAAGGUAUGACGAUCCUGCAGAAGCUGCAAGGUCCAAGAGAGCUCUGCUGGAAGAUCGGGUUUAA